CGCAUGCGCCGUACUUGCCAAUCAACUGACUGUUGACUCUGAUGUAAGGAAAACUAAUUCGCUGCUUAAAAUGACUGGAAAAUCUAGUACUGAAGUAAAGAAACUUUUAAAUUCUGAUAAAGGCUCUAACCUCACUUUAACUUCCUUUACAACAAAGGGUAAAAAUUUAAAAUUUCAGGUUUUACCUAGUCCUAUUCAAAGUGAGAGCGACAGAAAGGAAUACAAAGUAAUUAAACUGGAAAAUGGUUUAACUGCCUGCCUUAUUUCUGACAAAGCUCCUAUAGAUUUGAUAGAAAAUGAGUCCACUGAAAGCUCAGAUUCAGAAGACGAAAGUUCUUCUGCUACAAAUGAAGAUGAAAAUUCAAAGGACAUGUCUGAUACAGAUGAUGAAUUCUUUAAUAAAACCAAAGCACCUGAACAAAAAAUGGCAGCAGCUGGUUUAUGUAUUGGUGUGGGCAGUUUUAGUGAUCCCAAAGAAGUGCAAGGAAUGGCUCACUUCUUGGAACAUAUGGUUUUUAUGGGGAGCGAAAAGUUUCCAGAGGAGAAUGAUUUUGAUUCAUUCAUAAAGAAAGGAGGUGGCAGUGAUAACGCCUCAACAGAUGCUGAGACAACUUGCUUUUACUUUGAGUGCCUUGAGAAACAUUUGUAUGAAGCAUUAGAUAAAUUUGCUCAAUUUUUUAUUUCUCCUUUGAUGAAAAAAGAAGCCAUGGGAAGGGAAAGGGAAGCUAUCGAUUCUGAAUUUCAGAUGGCCCUUCCUUCUGAUGAUAUGCCCAAAGAGCAAUUGCUCUGUAGUUUGGCGAACCCUAAUUCGCCUGUGAAUUCUUUUGGAUGGGGGAAUUUGAAAACAUUAAGGGAUAAUAUAUCAGAUGACAAGCUCUACGAAGGAGUGCAUGAAUUUAGAAAACGACACUAUUCUGCACAUAGAAUGACCCUUGCUAUACAGGCAAGAUUACCAAUGGAAACGUUACAGACCUAUGUGCUAGACUGUUUUUAUAAUGUACCAAAUAAUAACUUACCCCCAGAAGAUUUUUCUAAAUUUGGGGAUGGAAUUUUUGAUACACCUGAGUUUCAGAAAAUGUACUACAUUAAGCCAAACACAGAUUUGUGUCAGCUUGAUUUGACUUGGAGCUUACCCUGUCUUCAAGACAAAUAUAAGACCAAACCACACAACUACGUGGCUCAUUUGAUA